GGUGGUGAUUUGGCCGAGGUCCGCGGCGGAGCGAUCUGCGCGACGACAAAGAAACGAGAUGUUGUUAGCAGUGAGAUCCCAUUACAGAGGACGCAUGUUAUAAUAUGGUCGAAACAAAAGCGUAAGAAGCGAUAGGCCUGACAUCCAAAAAAUCCUUAAAUCCAAUCCGCAGUAACUUUUAGUGGAUUUAUAGGCUACUCGCGUGGGAAAUGGAGAAGAAAAGGUGGGAUUGCACUGCUCUCCCCAAGGGCUGGAAAAUGGAAGAAGUGACCAGAAAGUCGGGUUUGUCAGCUGGAAAAAGCGAUGUCUAUUAUUUUAGUCCAUCUGGGAAGAAGUUUCGGAGCAAGCCUCAGCUGGCCCGUUACCUUGGUAACCAGAUGGACCUCAGCUCCUUUGAUUUCCGCACGGGGAAGAUGCUGAUGAGCAAGCUGAACAAGAACCGCCAGAGACUGCGCUAUGAUAACAACAACCAGAACAAGGGCAAACCUGACUUGAACACAUCACUCCCAGUCAGGCAGACAGCCUCCAUCUUUAAGCAGCCUGUUACCAAGGUUACUAACCACCCAAACAACAAAGUGAAGACGGACCCGCAGAAAGCUGUCGACCAGCCCAGACAGCUAUUUUGGGAGAAGAAACUCAGUGGUCUUAAUGCCUAUGACAUUGCAGAGGAGCUGGUGAAAACAAUGGAACUGCCUAAAGGUCUGCAAGGUGUUGGUCCAGGCUGCACAGACAAGACUCUCCUGUCAGCCAUUGCGAGCGCUCUGCACACUAGCGCUGCUCCCAUCACCGGCCAGCUGUCUGCAGCUGUGGAGAAGAACCCAGGAGUCUGGCUCAACACCACACAGCCGCUGUGCAAGGCCUUCAUAGUCACUGAUGAGGACAUCAGGAAACAGGAGGAGCUGGUGUACAGUGUGAGAAAAAGGCUAGAGGAGGCACUGAUGGCUGAUAUGUUGGCUCAUGUCGAGGAGGCUGCCAAUGAGGGAGACACUCUGAAGGACGAGGGCAACGGCAGUGAAGAUAUGGAGAGCGUAUAGCACAGGGUUUUGUUCAACACCUGUAAACAUGACCAUGAGCAGUCGGAGCCAUACAGCAGUCCUGCCCUGAUGAACUGUCCCUGAGUAUCUGCGUCCAACUUUAAACCUUAACCCGACUUACACCAGUCCAGUUCAACCUAAAGAACUGUCUUCUCCUCUCCUGAACCCACAAACGCUUGGCGUCUCAAAUGCGUCUAUUCAUCAUUAACUCCACUGGAUGGGACUCAUUGACUUCAACUGCAAUUAAAUUACUCGACGUAUUUCUGAGCUUGGUUGAUUUUUUUUGACUGACAUUUUUAAAAAAUUCCCCUGAACUUUCAAAUAUUAAAAAAAUAACUUAUCUACAGUGUGACAAAUUCAGUGUUUGAUGAGAAGUGUGUUUUUUACUGAAAGGCUUUGAAUGGGUUUGUAUUUUUUGUGACAAUCAUGUCAAAUUCAAACAUUUUAUGUCAGCAAAAAGUUGAUCUGGGUGCUUUUUUUUUGUUGUUUGUUUUGGGCAGAUUGGAAAUGAAUGUUUUGUAUCUUUGGCUCUUGAAUUUUAUGAUGCACUCCACAAGUUGUCAGACACAAAACACUGUCUUUUCUAGUGGAACCAGUUGAGAUGUAACUAUACUGAGUUGAUCUCAUUUAAAUUAGUAUCGGUGCCAACCUGCAGGCCGGCUGAUGUUACUAAUGCAAAUGGUGACGUUUUUAAUCCCUUGUACAUCCAUUGGAGGGGAUAGAGUCAAGUUUUUAUUGUUGUAAUUUCAAAGAAAUAUUGUACUUCAUGACGGCUGUGUCAUCCUGUGACUCAUGUUCAGUAUUGAUCCUAAAGGAGACAUGUCAUUUUGAAGAGGGUUGUUUGAAGUGCGUUUAACUAAAGUCUGCUUGGUAUUUUACCCUAAGCGUAAAAUGUGCUGUACACAUGAUGGUAAAGAAAUGACUUGAAACCUCUAUCUAUUGUACAAUUAUGUUUUGUAGUCCUAAUCAUUAUAGGUGCUUUACUGUGAAACAUCGCUGUUUAGUCUUUGUUUCUAUCAGUUUCAGUCCAUGUUUCUUUUUAAUGUGUCAAUGUUACCACACACAUGCUGCCUCUUAGUACACCCACGCACAGAAUUGGUGACACAAGCAAAUUAUGGUUAAGAAAUUGAGUUUAAAUGUCAUUUAGCAUCUGAGGAAUAAUGAUUUUGUAUUUUUUUUUUUUUUUUUAUCCCUGUCAAUUAUUGAUGAUAAUGUAUCCAGCUGAAAUCAUGAAUAUCCCUUUUCAAUAUCAGCAGGCUGAUUGCUGAAAUGAAUUUGAUUGUAUUACUUAUUAAAAAUGAGUCGAUAUG